GCACCAGGUCGUAAGGGCUCUCGCGGCUGUUUUUUGAUUUCUCGAGAAUUAAUGGGAGAGUACGCGCAUGCGCGAGUGACAAUGCCCAGUAAUAUAACGCGCACCUUUGCACGGAGGGGCUCCGCGUGCGCGGCCGCGCACGCACACAAAUAGGGCUCGGCGAAUACAUAGAGCUUGAGUCGACCAGCCGGAGAUCCCAUUGUGCGCAUAUACCAAUCGAACUCCCCAACACUUCCAAGUAGGGAGUACCGUAGUUUUACGGACGAGCCUACGGCUGCAGUUUCUUGAGACAAAUUGAAAUCCACUGUACUGCAAGACAGGCCAGCAACAUGCCUCCUCCAACCUAUGGUGAUCUUGGAAAGAGCGCUCGCAAUAUUUUUGGCACUGGAUUCCAUUUUGGUCUUCUGAAACUUGAUGUUAAGACCAAAACAAAUUCUGGUGUAGAAUUUAGUGCUGGUGAGGUUGCCAAUCAAGAUACUGGCAAAGUCUUUGGUACUCUUGAAAGUAAAUAUAAAGUCAAGGAAUAUGGUCUUACUUUUGUGGAAAAAUGGAAUACAGAUAAUACUCUUGGUGUUGAUGUUACACUCGUUGAUAAACCACUUAAGGGUUUAACUCUUGGUUAUAGUUCCACAUUCUCGCCUCAGACUGGCAAGAGAAGUGGUAAGCUCAAGAGUAUAUACCAACACGAUAAUGUUGCAGUUACAUCAGAUUUUGAUCUUAGUCUCUCAGCUGGUCCAUUGAUAAAUGCAAGUGCAGUAGUGGGUUAUCAAGGAUGGCUGGCUGGUUAUCAAGCUGGAUUUGAUUCACAAACUAGCAAAGUAACCAAAAAUAAUUUUGCUCUUGGUUUUCAUGCUUCCGAUUUCCAUAUUCAUGCGGCUGUUGAGAACGGUCGUGAAUUUGGAGGAUCAAUUUUCCACAAAAUUAAGCCAGGACUAGAUGGUGCAAUUAAUUUGGCUUGGAACUCGAGUAAUAAUGUUACACAAUUUGGUCUUGGUUCGAGCUACAAACUCGAUGAGGAUGUCUGUGUAAGGGCUAAGAUAAACUCUCAGCUUCAAAUUGGGUUGGGAUAUCAACAAAAGUUGCGUAGUGGAGUUAGUCUAUGUCUUUCCACAAACAUUGAUGGAAAGAACUUUGGAUCUGGUGGUCACAAAAUCGGUUUUGCAUUGAAUCUAGAAGCUUAAAUAUCAAGAUUAACGUGAAUGUUGUCUUCUACGAGAUAAACAAUUUUAUUACAAUUGCGUCAUUGUGAUCAUGUUCUAAUUACAUGUAUAAGACCAGUUACUGCCUGUAAUGUAAUGUACGUAGACUUACCCUUAAAAGGGUCACCUGAAUUUUAAUGCAUAUUAUUUAAGUUAGUAUCAUGUCUCCACGAACUUACAGCAUUAAUAUUUUUAAAUAUACUUUUUGAAAUGUAACAAAAAUUCAACUUUGUUAAAAGCAAUUAGACAAUGCUUUGUAAUACGUAGUUGUAAAAAGCAUCUACAUUAUAAUAUUUGAAGGCAUCUGUAAAUUGAAAUUUAACGAUGUUAAAUCUAGUAUAAAAUGGUAUUGAGUUUUCCAUGCCAGACAACAAUAAAGGAAGUUAAAUCAAGAAAAAUAA